AUGAAAUCAAUUCUUUGCUUUUUCCUUGUCCUCCUGGUUUCCGGCUCAUUUGGAGCAAUUUUGCUACAAAAUGCUCCAGGAAAACACGCGAAUCUUCAAAUUUUGUGCAAUUUGUGCCAGGAGGGAUUCGGAUUGGUUCAGAAGAAUUUGAAAACGCUGGAGGCGUUGACAAAUGAUGAUUUGGUUGGAUUGAUUAAUGUGAGUUCUACUGAAGUUCUAGCUGGAAUUCUGGAUCUAGAAGAUCUAGAUCUUCUGGAAGAUCUAGCUGGAAUUCAAGAUCUUCUAGAAGAUCCAGACCUCCCAGAACUUCCAGCUAAAUUCCCUGAUCUUCCAGAACAUCUGCCAACUCGCCCCAGAUCUCGACAUAGUUCACACAGUUUGCGAUGUGGUUCGAGAUGAUCUCGUCGAUUCGCUCAACAAAUUUUUGCAAUUUUUGGAAAGAUCCGCGCAACCUUCGGCAGUUUGUAAACAACUUUUUGUUUGUCAGUGA